GUCAGCUCGUAAGAAAUGACUGAAAUCAAGAGGAUCGUAGAACCGCAUGAAGCAAAAAUACCCUGGUACCAUCAUAUAUACAACACAAUUAAGGAUGCGCCAGUCAACAUAAGUUCUCUGCUAGUAUCGUCCUUAAUUUUCUAUAAAAUCGAAAAAAUAAAUCGUCAGCACAGGGAAAAACAUUCAUCGUCGGACCAUUUGGAGCGUGACGAAGAAGCGCACAAGAUUACGGACCAUAACGAACAAUCUAAAAUAAUCGGUUUGUGUGCAUUCAGUGGGUAUAAAAUUUACCCCGGCCAUGGCAAGACCAUGGUCAAAAUCGAUGGCAAGACCUUCACCUUCCUGGACAAGAAGUGCGAGCGCUCCUACCUGAUGAAGCGCAAUCCCCGCAAGGUGACCUGGACGGUGCUGUACCGUCGCAAGCAUCGCAAGGGCAUCGAGGAGGAAGCGUCCAAGAAGCGUACGCGCCGCACACAGAAAUUCCAGCGCGCCAUUGUUGGUGCCUCCCUCGCCGAAAUCAUGGCCAAGCGCAACAUGAAGCCGGAGGUGCGCAAGGCGCAACGCGAUCAGGCCAUCAAAGUAGCCAAGGAACAGAAGCGCGCAACCAAGGCAGCCAAGAAGGCCGCCGCCCCAGCACCCGCCAAGAAGUCCGCGCCCAAGCAGAAGGCCACCAAGGUUACGCAAAAGGCCGCUCCUCGCGUCGGUGGCAAGCGGUAAACCAUAAACAACAAUCACCAAGCGCGUUGUGCGAAAGUUUUGUUUUGCGGUUUCUACAACAACAACCAACAACAAUGAUUUAAAUUAUAGUGAAAAACUUCUUUAAAAAAAAAAAAGAAAGCUACGAAUGCAAAUUCGUAGUGCUAAAAAAAAUAUCGCCGCUGUUUUGUUUUUAACGGGUGCGCAGAAUAAACGCUAGAUUAUAUCCUCA